AUGGGGUUCUACAUGGCAUAUUUAGAGAACAGAUUUGUGCCGUCGACGAGGUUGGCAAGGUCCCAGUACAAGACGUACCGCGACGCACAAGGCUUCACUUGUCUCGUUCUCGUCAAUGGACAGGAGUACCAAACAGAUCUAGCAUACCAAACCGAUGCCUUGGCUCAGGAGAAUGCCGCCACACAGGCCUUUAUGGUUUGCCGUCAGUCGUCAGUUAAUGGAGGGAUGUUGGCUCGUAAUGGCGUCAUCCAAGGAUUGCCUGCCAACGAGACGGCCAGCCGCAACAAGAAGAGAAAUGAUCGUCAGCGUCAACAUUCCGUGACGCUCAGUAGCAGCUCCUCGAGCACAUCUUCCGAAUCGGAAAAUAGAGACAUCAGAUACCCAAUGACUGUCGGCAGUUAA